GAGCUGUCAUGGUUCGUGUGGCAGCACUGGAGUUGACGGGGAUUCCUCUGUUUACCUGUCUGUAUACGACCCCUCUUCUCAAGGUGGAAAGCGGCUGGCACCAGGCUUUUUGGUUGUCUGUGGGUGUUAGGAGUUGUCUCGCUAGGCUCCAGCUCAGGCUGAUGCCUGUACCGGCCCUUUCCACUGGGGACCCAGGGACGUUUGGACCCCGCUGUGUUCGCGACAGGAGUGUGGGACUCCCAGAGUCGUCGGCACAAGAGAGUUUGCCAUCCUGUGCUGUGGCUGGGGGUGCAGGGUACCCGGGCCGGGACAGCCUCUGGCAGCCUCGUCCCAUCCUGCUUGUAGCCUGCUUGGGGGACCGAUGUUGCUUUACCUGGGGAGAGUUUCGGGCUAGGUGUUGUUGCCCUGCCUCACCGGCACUUAUCUCUAUUCCGGGGUGCCCUACGGGGGACACUACCUUACGGCUCAGCUGUGAGCCAGGGGCAAUGCGGGGCGCGCAAGGCUGUCCGAGGAGGGUGUCCUUUUUGGAGCUCAAAGAUGUCCUUGCACGAACUGGGAGUCCGUCGGGGCUGGCUGAGAGUAGUCCCUUUCCCCUCCCCGGGCAGAGGGCCUGCGGGGCAGCGGUCUCGGUGGCCUGCUGGGCCAUUAGCCGGCAGGAACCCGGCUCUCUUCGUUCGAGAGCCUGAAUUAGCAGGAGUGAAACACUUUAGCGGCAUCUAUUAUUAAUACCUCCGCUAAAGCUCACAGACAAAAAUAGCUGCCUGUAACGUACAAUGACCUACAUCACACUGCAGAGAGGGAGGCAGAGAGCGGGAGGGGGAGCGGGGGGGGGGGAGGGGGGAGGACAAAACUGGCGAGAUCUCAAAGGGCAGAGGCACCAUUCAACGAAAAAUAACAACAGGAGAAGCCCCCUCCGGCCCCGUGGGCUCUGUGGGGAGGAGCGGGGCGCGGUCCCCGGCCCCGGCGGCGGGGACUGCCGUUCCCCGCCCCAUCUCCUCCGGGGAGGCUGCUUGGCUCCCGCCCAGCCCCUGGCACACAGACGCGUGCUAGAGGAUGAAGUCUACGACGAGGACGGGAAUACUCUGCAGGACUUCGCCUAUGACCACGAACCCCUCGGCAUAGCGAAUCCGUCCUCCAUGAUCGGCGAGAUGUACACCUUGUAUUACCCGCCGGAAAAGAGGCACGCCGAUGGGAUCUUCAACAAAGCCUACAGGAAACUCCUGGGCCAGUUAUCCGCCAGGAAAUAUCUGCACUCCCUAAUGGCCAAGCGGGUCGGCGGUGCCAGCGGCGGCCUGGGGGACGAGUCGGAACCGCUGACCAAGCGGCACAUAGACGGCAUCUUCACGGACAGCUACAGCCGCUACCGGAAACAAAUGGCUGUCAAGAAAUACUUAGCAGCUGUCCUGGGGAAAAGGUAUAAACAAAGAGUUAAAAACAAAGGACGCCGAGUAGCGUAUUUGUAGCGAUGAGUAACCAGCCACUCCUGUGUAUACAAAGUCCUGAGAGAGAGAGAGAGAGAGAGAGAAAGAGAGAGAGAGAGAAACCCAACAACAACAAAAAAAUAUAAACAAAAAAGUCAUUUACAAACUGACUGAACAAUCACCGCUCCUGUGUUAUCUAAACAUGUAUUUAUGUAUGAAGUAAAGCCAUUAAAUGAAUAUUUUGAUAAUAA